CGCCGCCGCCGCCCGCCCGGAGCCCGAUGGGCUGCUCCUGCGCCCCGCCCCGGAGUCUGGAUGCAAGUAUGGACAUAAAAGCCUAUGAUGUUUUCUCCGGUCCACCGCUUCAGAGAUAUUGAGAGGAAACCUGAAUACCUCCACCCAGAGAAGUGUAUCCCUCCUCCUCGCCCAGGUUCUCUAGGAACCAUGUGGUUUAUCCGAGAUGGCUGUGGUAUUGCAUGUGCUGUCAUCACCUGGCUCCUGGUCAUAUAUGCAGAUUUUGUGGUCCUCUUCGUCAUGCUGAUUCCAUCAAGAAACUAUAUUUAUAGUGCAGUCAAUGGAGUAGUAUUCAACAGUCUUGCUUUCCUGGCUCUGGCUUCUCACUUCCGGGCUAUGCUGACGGAUCCAGGUGCAGUGCCCAAAGGAAAUGCCACAAAAGAAUUCAUCGAAAGUUUACAGUUGAAGCCAGGGCAAGUAGUAUACAAGUGCCCAAAGUGCUGUAGCAUCAAACCUGACAGAGCCCAUCACUGCAGUGUCUGUAAGAGAUGCAUUCGAAAGAUGGAUCACCACUGUCCCUGGGUUAAUAACUGUGUGGGAGAGAAUAACCAGAAGUACUUCGUACUGUUCACAAUGUAUAUAGCUCUCAUUUCCCUGCAUGCCCUCAUCAUGGUGGGAUUUCAUUUCCUGUAUUGUUUUGAAGAAGACUGGACAGAAUGCAGCUCGUUCGCCCCGCCCACCACAGUGAUUCUCCUCAUUCUGCUGUGCUUUGAAGCUCUCCUUUUCCUCAUCUUCACAUCAGUAAUGUUUGGGACCCAGGUACACUCCAUCUGCACGGAUGAAACGGGCAUCGAGCGGCUCAAGAAUGAGGACCCAACUUGGGAGAGGACCGUCAGCUGGGCAGGAAUGAAAGCAGCUUUUGGCGGUGAUUUCUCCCUGAACUGGUUUAAUCCUUUUACCAGCGUGGCCAACAAGACGGACGUAACUCUUGCAGUGGUGGCCUCAGGAACGGCCUCAGGAAGCCGGGAAGGGUGCUCGCAAGGGUGCUCGCAAGACUUGGAUGAGUCUGAGGAAGUAAAAUCAUAGAGGCUCACCCAGUGUUAUUGGGGUCUCAGAAGGGCCUGCAGCCCCCGGGAUACGCUGUAGAAAGAAAACCCAAAGCAGGAGGGAAAAGACUUCAGCUUAUGGGAUUUCCCCCAAAACCUCCAGUCUGGAAAGACUACUCCCUUUUAACCCAUUCCUCCUCCCCUUCUUACUCUUGAGAGGAGAACGACCAGCCUUUCUCUGUGGUUCUCUGAGAAUGUGGCCUUGCGCUUAGUGUCACGUUUCCCUGUCAUUCUGGACACUGAGCUUUCUUUCUGGCCACUGUUCUCAGUUUAUUACCAUCAUCAAAGUAGAUCCUGGAGGCUGACUCCUUUUGCCUCUGCUUCUCCUGGGAAACCUGCCCUUCUGAAGGACCAGGGAGAACAGACCUGCUCCCAGGCCCUUGGAAGUGGAGCUCAGGAAAGGCAGACCAGAAAAGAGCCCAACAGGAGACAAGGAGAAGGCUGGAAUGGAGGAGGGGGCUAGGAGGGGGAGUCAGGUUCAAAGCCUGAUGGCAGGGCCCUGGCUCUCGAGAUUUGUGGGCCCCAGUCACCUCCCUGACUUCUAGAGGUUGGCACUGAAACUAAUUGGUCUAGAGUAGAUAGAAGUUAGGAAAUAAAAGCACUUCCCCAAAUGUGGGAGCAUUUCAGGGAACAUCCCCUACUGCAGGGGGUAGAGAAGGCAGGGCCGGCCACGAUCAUUUCCUGUCUUGUGUUGCUGUGUACAAUGGCCUGACUUCCUCUUACCUUGGGCUGAGACUUAGGGAAGUCAACCCAAAGGGAUGAUAGCCACUACAGAAACGAACGUCCCACUGUUAGCUAAUUUUUAAGAAUGCCUGGCCCAAAGUGCAAUACAUUACUCACAAGAAUGUCAGGGGUUGUGCCACUGAGGUGGCAUAUUUGUUUUCCUGUCCCCAGUGUCAGGAUUAAUUUAAAAGAGAACUCUAGUGAUGAGUUCAACAUGGACAGUACUAAGGAGAUUAAUUUAUGCAUAUGUGCACUGGGAGAUAUGGCUUAUGUUGGGAUCAUGGCACAGGAAAUCAGCCCACUGAUAGGUGAUUUUCAUUGAUUAGUCAGCAGAGUUUGGCUAGCACCCAAAAAAAAAAAAAGCUUAUGUCCAAUAUAGCCAAGUGCCUUUAUCAAGAUGAACAAUUUGGAGAUUAUAUUACAUUAUGAAAUAAUGGGUAAGUGUGAGUGUUAGUGUAUCACAUAUAGGAAAAUCCAUUGAAGGGCUUUAAAUCUCCCUUAUGGGGAAAAUUCACCAAUUUACAUAGGCUAAUGGGGCCCCCAGCAGAUUUUAAAGAAAACCUCACAAGCAGUUCAGGUCUUUAAAAGGAAAAGGAAAAGUCUGCCUCCAAAGAAGGGUCCCAGCUAAAUCAGUUAGAUUGGCGUAUUAAAAGAACAACAAACUUUUGUUUCUAAGAAACUUGUUUCCUCCUCAAGUGGAUGGGUGGUGCCUUGAUGUGUUCACUCAGUCUAAUCAAAGAGGCGUCCAGCUGUUGUUUGGAUGCAAAAGAAAACAUUGGAUUUUCCUUCCAUGUGUCUUGUGGGUGUCUCUGUCACACACACACACACACACACACACACACACACACACACACACAUAUUCACACACUUGCACACGCAUGCACAUGCAUUACCACUUACUGUCUUCUAACAUGCCUGGCCACACCAUCUCCUAGUCAGGUGUGAUCCUGGCAACUGGAUACUGACUUGUGACAAUACAGCUUUGAUGGGGCAGAAGUGCUCUGGCUUUCCAUUCAGUCAUAGCCUUCCCCCCCCCUCAACUUAAGAAAGGGGAAGGGUCUUUCUGCCUAGUGUUCACACUAGGCCCCUUGGUAUGAGGCCGAGUCAUCACCCCUUAGCCAGAUGUCAUUCAGAAACUUAACUCUCCACCUCUGCCCCCAACUCUUCCUGUGAUUUAACCCUUCCCUUCUGGUGACUAAGGCUGCUGGGCUUCAGUCCUGUUUUUCUAGUCCCCGUUUAGAUGAAAUCAGCUGAAAACUAACUCAAGUUACCCUGCCUGGAUUUGUCUGAGCUGGCUUCAAACCUGCCUAGCAGCUACAGUAUACUACUCUAUCUUGGCUCUAAGUUCAAAAGAAAGCAUGGUUGCCCCACUUAAUAAAGCCAGAUCAGAUUUUUUGGGAUGUGGACAUAGGGCAUUCUUCAUGUCAUGAUUUUCAUGAAUGGGGAGAGAGAGAAGAUAGCAGAACAACAGCCCUGUCAGAAUGAGGCCACAUGGAGGAUAAGUAAAAUGGAUGUUGGAAUCUCUUUGUUAUCACUAACCACAACUAGUGUGCCUCUUACUGAUGGGACCAGCGAGUCUGGGGAAUGAAGAACUCAGUAAGUUGUAGCAGCUUUCACCAUAAACACAGAGAAUACAAAACCUCCUUUGACCCCUUAAGGUUUUAUGAGGCUUCUGGGUUGGCCAUUUGAUUUUCUCCAGAGCAGCUUUAUUAUUUGUGAAAUGAGGAUAUCCUGAGCCUGAGAUGGCUCUUCGGACCAGAUAAACUUAAAUUUAAGACUGGUCGCUGAGCUACGCGUCAUUCGGUGCUCAGGAAUCCUGUGUCAUUGUCUGAAAGCAAAAGGUCUUGCCAUUUCCUCGGAAGGAAUUGUUCUCUGAGGGUAUGGACCACAGUGCUCUCCUCCCAUUCAGCAAGAGGCAGCUUAGGACUUACAGUACAAGUUUUAUACCAAAGAGCCAACCUAUCUGUGGAAGUAUUGUGGUUCUUCAUACACUCUUUGUGUGUGAUGGAAGAAGCAGCAUUAGGGACUGAGCUAAAGGAAUUAGGUAGAAGGAAAAGCCUAAAAGUCUGAGCUGCAGAAUUUAUCCGGGAGAUCAGGCUGGGACAGUUGGCCUAGCAGCCUCUCCAAAAACAAAUGGGCAGUCCACUCAUCAGAGGUGCAUUAACCUAUUUGUUCUGCCUCUCUGCCCAGCAGGGGUUACAUACCAAAGGGAAAAGAUUUUCUUUGGACCUAAAGCAGGAUCUUGGUGUGGGACUCAUCCUUGAGAUGACAGCUAGGGGCUUGUUCACACUCUUACCUGUAAGAGCUGAACAAUUCCUAGGCCCCUCAUCUGCAGACCAGAAACAACAGCCCCUAUUACUGACACCCAGUCCGGAGUGCCAGGACCUGCUGGGCCUUCCUUUGCAUCUGAUGAACUGUCCCAUCCGGCUCCCCGACGGUCAGGCCUGAGGCAGAAGCGUCGCUCCAUCCGCAGUGAAGUGAACCAAAGCAGCUUUGGACAUGACAGCCCACCGAGGGACAGGGCUACAAUUGAUCCCCAGCUACAAUUCCUUGGCUACAGCUGAAAUCUCAGUCUUCAGGAUUUGCAAAAGUUCUUACGGCCAAGGAAAUCAUGAGAUGGGUUCUACUGUUAGAAAAUGCUGGGCUCAAGCGUUUGCCUUUGGGUGUGAGAGGAGAACCCCUUAGCCGGGGCUUUGGGCCUCCACAUUGGCGUCCAGGAACUAGAGAGCUCUCCUGGAAGCCGUGUCGUCUUUCAUCCCCUGCCUUCUGUAUGCCUGUCUAAGGUCCCUGGCUGGAAUUAUGCAACCUUCUGAGAAGACCCAUCUGGGCUGGAGGGGGCAGGUUGUGCUUUCAUUUCAGGAAUGGAAAGUGAAGGGGUGUCCUGCAUCUCCAGAGCCCACAGCUGCAGCUCCUCAGUUCCAGCCUCCAAAUGUUUUUUUGUGCUCUUGGUGUCUGUAAUAAUGUUUGGUGCCUUGGAGAGUUUCUUUAUUUACUAAAACAUGUCAUUUCUCUCA